AUGAGUGAACUGGACCAGUUACGCCAGGAGGCUGAGCAGCUCAAAAACCAGAUCAGAGUGAGUGUUAAUCCCUCCAUCUACCAUCAAUGGGGCAGGAGCAAUUGUUCAAAACGUACUGAAAUGGUGUAUUUCAGCACUAUUGGCUCGAUUGCAAUGAACACACAGAACUUAACCUGCUCCUGCAGGAUUUCUUAAAACUCUACUAACGGGAGAUUACAUGCAGCUGCGGGCUAAACUAAGCUUGAUUGCAACGAAAAAACAUCCGAAUAAAACUGGUAGGCCAGCUGUUCUGAUGCCGUUACGGUGUCAAGCCGGCUUAAUACUAGAGUGGAUAUGGCAUGGGAAAUAGUAAUUGUCUGCGUUCACUACUCCCGCCCCAAUGAAAUAACAUCCUAUAAGGAACAACGAAAUCGAAAUAUUAAAGAUAAAUGGAAGACUAUGACAUACCGUAAAACUUCAAUUAAUAGCCAGGGCGUUUUACUUGCGUCAAUCACUGAACACAACCGUUGCUUAUUAGAGACAGGCUUCUAGUUGAGCCAGACGUCUAUUUCCUUAACACUAGAAAAGCCUGGCCUCGAUACCGCCGUACUUAAGCCAUUGACAAGUCUUCUUGACGUCAACAUUCUAACGGCAGUCUAAUAAAUACAUGUCAUAUUAGGCCUACGCUAUUGCAAAAUAAGGUAGUUGUGGGACUGUUACGUUCUCCCCUCGGGUGUAGUUCGUCUGAGGAGGAGAGGUAAAUGCCUGGGCCUGCGCACACAAGGUAAACUAGAUGGCUGGGGAAGAAAUGUGGGGUGUAAUGAACUAAAAUAACCAGACAACAACCAAAUCUCAAGGUUAUCCCUCGGGGGACGUUUAGUAAUGUACUUAAACAAAAGAAACAACAAAUCAAUCAAAUAAACCAUUUUGCAUUUUAUAUUUUUGUUCAGUAUAGUUUGUGAGCUAGAAAAUGAUGAUCCUGACAGUCUGAGGCAGUGUGCUCUGCAAUCAUCCUACUCCAACUAUUGACAGGGAUAAUGUGGCAUUUCUUAUUUGUCAGUAUGAAUAAAAUUAGUGGGUCCUGCCUUGAUGACUGUAUUAGAUUUAGACUACUUGUCCUAUAGAUUUUUGUAGUCUUAAAUUAUUACUUGGAAUAAACUGAUAGCAGGCUGUGUCACAGCCGGCUGUGACCGGGAGACCCAUGAGGUGGCGCACAAUUGGCCCAGCGUCGUCCGGGUUAGGGGAGGGUUUGGCCGGCCAGGAUUUCCUUGUCUCAUCGCGCUCUAACGACUCCUUGUGGCGGCCGGGCGCCUGCAAGCUGACUUCGGUCGCCAGUUGUACGGUGUUUCCUCUGACACAUUGGUGCGGCUGGCUUCCGGGUUAAGCGAGCAGUGUGUCAAGAAGCAGUGCGGCUUGGCAGGGUCGUGUUUUGGAGGACGCAUGGCUCUCGACCUUCGCCUCUCCCGAGUCCGUACGAGAGUUGCUGCGAUGGGACAAGACUGUAACUACCAAUUGGAUAUCAUGAAAUUGGGGAGAAAAAUGGGUAGAAAGUACCAAAAAAAAUAACGACUUCCAAAUAAUAAGAAAUCCCUACCACAUUUCUUUCCAAUUAAGACAUUGCUUCUUCAAUAAAGUACAAUAUGCUACAGUAGGCCUACUGGCCUUGUAGUCCUGUAAGAAAAUAUAAUGGUUCACUAUUGAGCGUUCAUAUUCUACAAAUAAAUAAAUCUCCGCUAUCCACACAACAUAGAAAAUAUUACUCUUAACUACUAGUCUAACCACACAAAAAAAUCAAUUAUAAUAUAAUUUGUGCAACUUUUAAAUAAACUUUAUUAGUGUAUAACGCAAUUUGAUUAAAAAUACAACAGAACUUGGGCCUCCCGAGUGGCACAGCGGUCUAAGGCACUACAGACCCGGGUUCGAUCACGGGCUGUAUCACAUCCGGCCAUGAUCGGGAGUCCCAUAGGGCGGCGCACAAUUGGCCCAGCGUCGUCCGGGUUAGGGGAGGGUUUACUUGGCUCGUCACGCUCUAGUGACACCUUGUGGCGGGCCGGCGCCUGCAGUCGUCAGGUGAACUGUGUUUCCUCCGACACAUUGGUGCGGCUGGCUUCCGGGUUAAGAGGGCGGGUGUUAAGAAGCGUGGUUUGGCGGGUCAUGUUUCGGAGGACGCAUGACUCGACCUUUGACUCCCGAGCCCGUUGGGGGAGUUGCAGCGAUGAGACAAGAUCGAAAAAGGGGGUAAAUAAUAAUAACAAUCACGAUUUAGUUUCAAAUGUGUAGCCUACAGUUCAGUAAUGUUUCAUUUUCCCCUCUUGAUAAGAACUGACCAUGUUUUAUUAGGACAAGUAAAAUCAUUAAUGGAUUACAUAAAUUGGAGAAGAAAACAUGUAUCCUAGACCAUGUCUUCCAUUCAUAAAUGUGUAGGGUAUGGCUCAUUGCCAUAGUAGAUUUGCUGUGGUAAAUGAGGAAAUACUAUUUUGGUUGUACGGAAUGAUUGUCAAAUAGAUAAAUCACCCUUACAUGUGACUAGACUGGGCACGCGCGUCCUUGUGCGCCGACGCACUCAUGUUGAUUUUGUCCAUCCACACCAGACGCGAUCAGGACACGCAGGUUGAAAUAUCAAAACGAACUCUGAACCAAGUAUUUGGGGACAGGUCGAAACACAUUAAAACAUUCAUGAUCAUUAGCAAGCUAGCUGGCUGUUGCUAGCUAAUUAGUCCUGGGAUAUACAGUGCAUUCAUAAAGUAUUCAGACCCCUUGACUUUUUCCACAUUUUGUUAAGUUAAAGCCUUGUUAUAAAAUGGAUUCAAUUGUUUUACCCCUCAUCAAUCUACACACAAUACCCCAUAAUGACAAAGCAAAGACAGGUUUUUUGAAAAUGUAUUAAAAAUAAAAAAACAGAUGCCUUAUUUACAUAAGUAUUCAGACCCUUUGCUAUGAGACUUGAAAUUGAGCUCAGGUGCAUCCUGUUUCCACUGAUCAUCCUUGAUGUUUCUACAACUUGAUUGGAGUGCACCUGUGGUAAAUUCAAUUAAUUGGACAUGAUUUGGAAAGGCGCACACCUGUCUAUAUAAGCUCCCACAGUUGACAGUGCAUGUCAGAGCAAAAACCAAGCCAUGAGGUUGAAGGAAUUGUCCAUAGAGCUCCGAGACAGGAUUGUGUCGAGGCACAGAUCUGAGGAAGGGUACCAAAACAUUUCUGCAGCAUUGAAGGUCCCCAAGAACACAGUGGCCUUCAUCAUUCUUAAAUGGAAGAAGUUUGGAACCACCAAGACUCUUCCUAGAGCUGGCCGCCCGGCCAAACUGAGGGGAGAAGGGCCUUGAUCAGGGAGGUGACCAAGAACCCGAUGGUCACUCUGACAGAGCUCCAGAGUUCCUCUGUGGAGAUGGGAGAACCUUCCAGAAGGAUAACCAUCUCUGCAGCACUCCACCAAUCAGGCCUUUAUGGUAGAGUGGCCAGACGGAAGCCACUCCUCAGUAAAAGGCACAUGACAGCCCGCUUGGAGUUUGCCAAAAGGCACCUAAAGACUCUCAGACCAUGAGAAACAAGAUUCUCUGGUCUGAUGAAACCAAGAUUGAACUCUUUGGCCUGAAUAUCAAGCGUCACGUCUGGUGGAAACCUGGCACCAUCCCUACGGUGAAGCAUGGUGGUGGUAGUAUCAUGCUGUGGGGAGGUUUUUCAGCAGCAGGGACUGGGAGACUAGUCAGGAUCGAGGGAAAGAUGAGCGGAGCAAAGUACAUAGAGAUCCUUGAUGAAAACCUGCUCCCGAACGCUCAGGACCUCAGACUGGGGCGAAGGUUCACCUUCCAACAGGACAACGACCCUAAGCACACAGGCAAGACAAUGCAGGAGUGGCUUCGGGACAAGUCUCUGAAUGUCAGAGCCCGGACUUGAACCUGAUCGAACAUUUCUGGAGAGACCUGGAAAUAGCUGUGCAGCGACACUCCCCAUCCAACCUGACAGAGCUUGAGAGGAUCUGCAGAGAAGAAUGGGAGAAACUCCCCAAACACAGGUGUGCCAAGCUUGUAGUGUCAUACCCAAGAAGACUUGAGGCUGUAAUCGCUGCCAAAGGUGCUUCAACAAAGUACUGAAUAAAGGGUCUGAAUAGUUACACUACCUGUUCAAAAGUUUGGGGUCACUUAGAAAUGUCCUUGUUUUCGAAAGAAAAGCAAUUUUCUUUGUCCAUUUAAAAUAACAUCAAAUUGAUCAGAAAUACAGUGUAGACAUUGUUAAUGUUGGAAAUGGCUAUUGUAGCUGGAAAUGGCUGAUUUUUAAUGGAAUAUCUACUUAGGCGUACAGAGGCCCAUUAUCAGCAACCAUCAGUCCUGUGUUCCAAUGGCACGUUGUGUUUGCUAAUCCAAGUUUAUAAUUUUAAAAGGCUAAUUGAUCAUUAGAAAACACUUUUGCAAUUGUUAGCACAGCUGAAAAUUGUUGUGCUGAUUUAAAGAAGCGAUAAAACUGGCCUUCUUGAGACUAGUUGAGUAUCUGGAGCAUCAGCAAUUGUGGGUUUGAUUACAGGCUCAAAAUGGCCAGAAACAAAUAACUUUCUUCUGAAACUCGUCAGUCUAUUCUUGUUCUGAGAAAUGAAGGCUAUUCCGUGCGAGAAAUUGCCAAGAAACUGAAGAACUCAUACAACGCUGUGUACUACUCCCUUCACAGAACAGCGCAAACUGGCUCUAACCAGAAUAGAAAGGAGUGGGAGGCCCCGGUGCACAACUGAGCAAGAGGACAAAUACAUUUGAGUGUCUAGUUUGAGAAACAGACGCCUCACAGGUCCUCAACCGGCAGCUUUAUUAAACGGUACCCGCAAAACACCAGUCUCAAUGUCAACAGUGAAGAGGCGACUCCUGGAUGCUGACCUUCUAGGCAGAGUUGCAAAGAAAAAGCCAUAUCUCAGACUGCCCAUCUUUUUAAUCUUUUCUGUUUAUUGGCCAGUCUGAGAUGGCUUUUUCUUUGCAUGAAAACAUGCAUGAAAUGAGUUUGAAUAGGAAAUAUAGCUAAAUGAAUAGGAAAUGUAGUCAUUGACAAGGUUAGAAAUAAUGAUUUUUAAUUGAAAUAAUAAUUGUGUCCUUAACUUUGCUUUCGUCAAAGAAUCCUCCAUUUGCAGCAAUUACAGCCUUUCAGACCUUUGGCAUUCUAGUUGUCAAUUUGUUGAGGUAAUCUGAAGAGAUUUCACCCCAUGCUUCCUGAAGCACCUCCAACAAGUUGGAUUGGCUUGAUGGGCACUUUUUACGUACCAUACAGUCAAGCUGCGCUCACAACAGCUCAAGAGGGUUGAGAUCCGGUGACUGUGCUGGCCACUCCAUUAUAGACAGAAUACCAGCUGACUGCUUCUUCCCUAAAUAGUUAUUGCAUAGUUUGGAGCUGUGCUUUGGGUCAUUGUCCUGUUGUAGGAGGAAAUUGGCUUCAAUCAAGUGCCAUUCCACAGGGUAUGGCAUGGCGUUGCAAAAUGGAGUGAUAGCCUUCCUUCUUCAAGAUCCCUUUUACCCUGUACAAAUCUCCCACUUUACCACCACCAAAGCACCCCCUGACCAUCACAUUGCCUCCACCAUGCUUGACAGAUGGCAUCAAGCACUCCUCCAGCAUCUUUUCAUUUGGUCUGCGUCUCACAAAUGUUCUUCUUUGUGAUCUGAACACCUCAAACUUCGAUUCGUCUGUCCAUAACACUUUUUUCAAAUCUUCCUCUGUCCAGUGUUCUUUUACCCAUCUUUAAUCUUUUAUUUUUAUUGGCCAGUCUGAGAUAUGGCUUUUUCUUUGCAACUCUGCCUAGAAGGUCAGCAUCCCGGAGUCGCCUCUUCACUGUUGACAUUGAGACUGGUGUUUUGCGGGUACUAUUUAAUGAAGCUGCCGGUUGAGGACCUGUGAGGCGUCUGUUUCUCAAACUAGACACUCUAAUGUAUUUGUCCUCUUGCUCAGUUGUGCACCAGGGCCUCCCACUCCUCUUUCUAUUCUGGUUAGAGCCAGUUUGCGCUGUUCUGUGAAGGGAGUAGUACACAGCAUUGUAUGAGAUCUUCAGUUUCUUGGCAAUUUCUCGCAUGGAAUAGCCUUCAUUUUUCAGAACAAGAAUAGACUGACUUGUUUCAGAAGAAAGUUAUUUGUUUCUGGCCAUUUUGAGCCUGUAAUCAAACCCACAAUUGCUGAUUUUCCAGAUACUCAACUAGUCUCAAGAAGGCCAGUUUUAUUGCUUCUUUAAUCAGCACAACAGUUUUCAGCUGUGCUAACAUAAUUGCAAAAAGUGUUUUCUAAUGAUCAAUUAGCCUUUUAAAAUGAUAAACUUGGAUUAGCAAACACAACGUGCCAUUGGAACACAGGACUGAUGGUUGCUGAUAAUGGGCCUCUGUACGCCUAAGUAGAUAUUCCAUAAAAAAUCAGCCGUUCCCAGCUACAAUAGCCAUUUACAACAUUAACAAUGUCUACACUGUAUUUCUGAUCAAUUUGUUGUUAUUUUAAUGGACAAAAAAAUUGCUUUUCUUUUGAAAACAAGGAAAUUUCUAAGUGACCCCAAACUUUUGAACGGUAGUGUAUGUAAAUGUGAUAUUUCCUUUUUGUUCUUUUUUAUAAACUUUAUAUGGCAGUUGGCAACCAACUUUAAGGUGCAUUACCACCACCAACUGGACUGGAGUGUGGACCUCAAUUAGUCUUUCAAUCACCCAGGUGGGUAUAUGUUCCUUAAGGCGGGACUUGCAGCGCGUCAAGCAUCAAAAAUAGAACCAAGUUCUAUUUUAGCGCCUGGCUAUGCAGACGCUCGAGAGCAGUUUGGAUGAAAUGAUUGAAUAACAUGUAUGUGUAAAUGUAUUUUGCUCGCGCAUGCAACGCCGGCGGUGUGGUCAGCAUUUUAGUCUGCUCAAUAAGCAAGAUUAAAAUGUUCCGAUUAAUACCCACCAGAGGUCGAAAUCCUCUUGCAAUCAGGAUUUAAAGAUAACCCCGGCAUCCGUGUUAUGGAGUGGUAAAUCGGUGCCGGAUGAUAGUUGCAAUUGAGAUUGGAUGAUUUUAUCACGUAUUGAUGGUUUAACGAGACAUCGGGUAGCGAUAAUCUAGUGGCAAGCAGUUGUUGCAAUUGGCCAUUUUGCUCUCAUAAUAGUCUCAACAGUGUCAUAACAAAGCUACAUGAUCUUGAACUUAUUAUUUAUUAAUUACAUUUGUGUGAUGGUUUAUUAUCGUCCUUACUUUUUCAGGAUGCCAGGAAAGCAUGUGCAGAUGCCACACUAUCACAGGUAAAAAAUAAUUGUAUAUGGGCUCUUUUACCUAGGGAUAUCCAAAACAUUCAACACAAUCUGCUGUUGGUGGCAUUAUGUAACAGUCUUUUUGUGUUUUGCAGAUCACAGCUAACAUUGAUCCUGUUGGCCGUAUUCAGAUGCGCACAAGACGGACACUGAGGGGACAUUUGGCUAAGAUCUAUGCCAUGCAUUGGGGCACUGAUUCCAGGUAAACCCAAGUAUACUUUUAUAGUGUCUUUCACAAACUAGGAGUUUUUGCAGUGACAAAUAGUUGAAUGACUCCCGUUGUCAAAUGUAAAAGUUGGAAUGGUAUAUAUUUAUUUGUAUGACCCUUGGCAUGAAUUGGUGAUUCUAUGAUUCCACAUGAUAUACAGUAGUCCUAGUGGGAGAGUGUUAAAUAUAUCAGUGGGUGUUAUGACUAAGCAUGUGUUGUUGCUAUUAUUGUCAAGUUACAAGGCAAAAGCAGUCUUGAUAAAUUGCUUUUAGUUUGCUAUUCUAUUUCAUGCAGAAUGUAGUUAUUGUUUGAAAAAAAACAAUGUAUACUUUCUAUUUCUUAUAGGGAAACUGUUAUUCCAUGACCUUACAUGUUUCUACUCUUUCUCACAGGCUCUUGGUCAGUGCUUCCCAAGAUGGUAAACUCAUCAUUUGGGACAGCUAUACCACGAACAAGGUCAUACUUCAGUGGUUCACCUUUCAUUGCUUUGUACUAUACAUUUCCAUUGCAAUUAUAGGCGUUGAAUUCAGUCCCUUCAACCAUUCUACUUCAGUUUUUUAUUCGCCUACGCACCUGUUAUAAGAGAUUAUUACUUCAGGUGUGCAUAGGUUUCAUGUUUUUUGAUCACCUCCUUGCAGGUCCAUGCCAUUCCUCUACGCUCUUCCUGGGUCAUGACCUGCUCAUAUGCACCUUCAGGAAACUACGUGGCCUGUGGAGGUCUGGACAACAUCUGCUCCAUCUACAACCUGAAGACACGUGAGGGGAAUGUACGUGUGAGCCGGGAGCUUGCUGGACACACAGGUAGAGACUACAUUUUCUGUUUGGUGGCAGGGUUUUUCUUCCAUUUGUUUUCCUAUGAAAUCCUUAUCUUUUGUUUUCUGCUACUUAAAGACUGCUGUGGGAAAAUUUCUGGAUUUCUCAAGAUUGUUUUUGUAAUGCACAAAUGAUAUCUCUCAAUUCCAGGUUAUCUGUCCUGCUGUCGCUUCGUUGAUGACAACCAGAUUAUUACAAGCUCUGGAGACACCACCUGGUAAGUAAAGGAAUUACUCCCCCUCCUGUAGGAACGCUGCGCUCUGUCUAUUUUCAAUACUACAACACUGUUCAUUUUCCUAAAGUGGUUUAGAUGUGCAUUCGGAUAGGAGCUCAUGCUUCUUGUUUGACUAGAUGUUGUUGUUUUUUUACAGUGCGCUUUGGGAUAUUGAGACUGGCCAGCAGACAACCACGUUUGCUGGGCACAGCGGUGAUGUCAUGAGCCUCUCCUUGGCCCCCGACACAAGGCUAUUUGUCUCGGGUGCUUGUGAUGCCUCCGCCAAGCUCUGGGAUGUCAGAGAGGGCAUGUGCAGACAGACCUUCACUGGGCAUGAGUCUGACAUCAACGCCAUAUGUGUAAGGGCAGCAUCCUUUAUCAAUACUUAAAUCUAUGCACAUGUAUUGCCUAUUAGUGUAUUUUACAUAAUUACAUUCAAUCAAAAUGUAUACAUUUCACUUUGAUUCAAAAUAUAUUUGAUAUACAAAUUAUUAUAGUUACAGUGAGGGAAAAAAGUAUUUGAUCCCCUGCUGAUUUUGUACGUUUGCCCACUGACAAAGAAAUUAUCAGUCUAUAAUUUUAAUGGUAGGUUUAUUUGAACAGUGAGAGACAGAAUAACAACAACAAAAUCCAGAAAACCGCAUGUCAAAAAUGUUAUAAAUUGAUUUGCAUUUUAAUGAGGGAAAUAAGUAUUUGAACCCCUCUCAAUCAGAAAGAUUUCUGGCUCCCAGCUGUCUUUUAUACAGGUAACGAGCUGAGAUUAGGAGCACACUCUUAAAGGGAGUGCUCCUAAUCUCAGCUUGUUACCUGUAUAAAAAGACACCUGUCCACAAAAGCAAUCAAUCAGAUUCCAAACUCUCCACCAUGGCAAAGACCAAAGAGCUCUGCAAGGAUGUCAGGGACAAGAUUGUAGACCUACACAAGGCUGGAAUGGGCUACAAGACCAUUGCCAAGCAGCUUGGUGAGAAGGUGACAACAGUUUGUGCGAUUAUUCGCAAAUGGAAGAAACACAAAAGAACUGUCAAUCUCCCUCGGCCUGGGGCUCCAUGCAAGAUCUCACCUCGUGGAGUUGCAAUGAUCAUGAGAACGGUGAGGAAUCAGCCCAGAACUACACGGGAGGAUCUUGUCAAUGAUCUCAAGGCAGCUGGGACCAUAGUCACCAAGAAAACAAUUGGUAACACACUACGCCGUGAAGGACUGAAAUCCUGCAGCGCCCGCAAGGUCCCCGUGCUCAACAAAGCACAUAUACAUGCCCGUCUGAAGUUUGCCAAUGAACAUCUGAAUGAUUCAGAGGAGAACUGGGUGAAAGUGUUAUGGUCAGAUGAGACCAAAAUCGAGCUCUUUGGCAUCAACUCACUCUCACCGUGUUUGGAGGAGGAGGAAUGCUGCCUAUGACCCCAAGAACACCAUCCCCACCAUCAAAACUGGAGGUGGAAACAUUAUGCUUUGGGGGUGUUUUUCUGCUAAGGAGACAGGACAACUUCACCGCGUCAAAGGGAUGAUGGACGGGGCCAUGUACUGUCAAAUCUUGGGUGAGAACCUCCUUCCCUCAGCCAGGGCAUUGAAAAUGGGUCGUGGAUGGGUAUUCCAGCUUGACAGUGACCCAAAACACACGGCCAAGGCAACAAAGGAGUGGCUCAAGAAGAAGCACAUUAAGGUCCUGGAGUGGCCUAGCCAGUCUCCAGACCUUAAUCCCAUAGAAAAUCUGUGGAGGGAGCUGAAGGUUCGAGUUGCCAAACGUCGGCCUCAAAACCUUAAUGACUUGGAGAAGAUCUGCAAAGAGGAGUGGGACAAAAUCCCUCCUGAGAUGUGUGCAAACCUGGUGGCCAACUACAAGAAACGUCUGACCUCUGUGAUUGCCAACAAGGGUUUUGCCACCAAGUACUAAGUCAUGUUUUGCAGAAGGGUCAAAUACUUAUUUCCCUCAUUAAAAUGCAAAUCAAUUUAUAACAUUUUUGACAUGCGUUCUUUCUGGAUUUUUUUGUUAUUCUCUCUCUCACUGUUCAAAUAAACCUACCAUUAGAAUUAUAGACUGAUCAUUUCUUUGUCAGUGGGCAAACGUACAAAAUCAGCAGGGGAUCAAAUACUUUUUUCCCUCACUGUAAAUAUAGUCAGUUAUAUUAUAUCCUUUACUGUUGUCUCUAGUGAUGGUGGAAAAAAUCGAUAGUUACAUAUCGCAAUAUUAUUUUGGACGAUAUUAUGUCGAUACUUUGACGGCUGUGCCUGCGCCAAAACUCUGUUAUUUUUCAUCCUAUAGCUUGUUCUCAUCAUCUUUUUAAAUAGUGAGAACAUGUUUUCAGCACUUAUUUCCAUCACUAAUCAAAACUCAUUUUCUCAUGCUCUUGUCUCUCUGCAGCAGGCAUAUAGUGAGCAUUAUGUUUGGAACAUCAAAUCACAAUAAAAUCGCGGUAUUGAAUCGCAAUACAUAUAGAAUCGUGACAAAUGCAAUACAUAUCGUAUCGGCACCUAAGUAUCGUGAUUUUCGUAUCGAGAGGUCCCUGGAAAUUCCCAGGUCUAAGAGUCUCGGUAAGUAAUUAUUGUGUGAUCUGAUCUGUGCUUUACAGUUCUUCCCCAAUGGCAAUGCCUUUUGUACGGGCUCUGAUGAUGCCACCUGCAGACUCUUUGACCUUCGUGCCGACCAGGAGCUGAUGUGCUACUCGCAUGACAACAUAAUCUGUGGAAUCACCUCUGUUGCUUUCUCCAAGAGUGGCCGUCUCCUCCUGGCUGGAUAUGACGACUUCAAUUGCAACGUGUGGGACACACUGAAAGCUGACCGUGCUGGUGAGUCACUGAUAACACUCCUAAGCAGAGGUUGCAAUAACGCAGGAUAUUUUCAUGCAUACAAAAGCGGGGGGAAAUAUUUUGCUGCAUUUUGUAAACUCCGAUCUAAAAGGCCUCUUAUUUAAAAAUGUACUCGGCUUCAGUCACAGUUCACUCCAAAUCAUAAACUUUUCUCCGGUGUCGUUUUUUUCUCCGGUCGUAAGAUUAACUUCAAGCAACUUUCAUUUUAAGCUAAUUUACUUGUGUGGCUGCUAGCCAAAUAGUGUUGCACUUUUAUUGUCAUCUAAUGAAAACGUGAAGAAAAUGUUUUGGGGUGUGAAGAAAAUAUAACCGUUGCAGGCCCCUGAUCGCUCUAAUGAAGCAAAAAUUGCAGGUGAAAUGGUUUAAAACGCUGAUUUCUGAAAGCUAAUGCGACACCUGCGGAGACUUCUCUUUGCACACCAAGCAUGCAUGUCUCAACGUUUAUCUUGUGCACAUAUUAGUCAAACACAACCUGUCCUGGAAAUGUUUUAUUCAAAAUAACUAACUUAGCUACCACAAUAAACUGAUGUUUCAAGCACAUUUUAACGUAUCUAUAAUGUCAACAUAAUGAAACUGCAUAAUUCCCAGCAUCCUAGUAGAUCCCCAGCACAAUAAUAAUAUGCCAUUUAGCAGACGCUUUUAUCCAAAGCGACUUACAGUCAUGCGUGCAUACAUGUUUGUUUGUUUUUUCACAAAAAGUCCUUUGAUUAACACUGGUGCUGUUUUAGGUGUGUUGGCUGGACAUGACAAUCGUGUUAGCUGCCUGGGAGUCACUGAUGAUGGCAUGGCAGUUGCAACAGGAUCUUGGGACAGUUUUCUGAAGAUCUGGAAUUGAAACCUGAAGGUGCUUUCCCUUUUUAGUAUUGCUCAGCCUUAGCUACUUGUAUACAGUGCAUUGUUCAGUAUAGUUCAACCCUGACUCACUCUUUGCCCUUUCUUUCCUUUUUUUCCUUUUUCAGAUGUAAUUUUGAACUCCAAAGUUGACUGGAAGACCAUUACAACAACUUGAGAAUGUAAAAUUUCACAGCAUCUUCUUCAACACCGUUUUAAACUGACUUGGAAACCACAAAAAAACGAAGGGAAACCAAUGCCUUUCCUACACAAAGAAGAGCACAAUUGUUUAUCAC